UGGGGAAGACGUGAGAUUAGCUAUUUCUUCCUCCUUCCAACUUAUUUGAAGAAAAGUUGUAAAAGCAUGGAAUUGGCAUUCCUAAUUUGCUAGGCUCUCCAUCUAAUUUACCUUAUUUUAUAUUUUGACCACGGAAUAACCAUUCCAUCAACCAAAAAUGCUCUGAAUGUCAUAUCAUAUAUGUAUGCAAUGCAUUUGUAUCUAGGCACCUAAAUAGUUCCACACAGAAAAUCAGAAUAUACCCACUCUUCUAAGUGCUCUAUGGUUUUGAUAACCAAGUCAAUAGAGUGUUAAAAAUUGAUGUUUGCUGAUAGAGAGUGAGAGAGUUAAGGAUUGAUUGCACAAUCUGUUUGUAGAUACUCCCUGUGCAUCCCUCCAAGGCCCAAGUCACUGUUUUUACGAUCAACACAACCAUACAAGGAAAAAAGUGCAGGAAAAAAAACAGCAUUAGCCAUCUGUGAUGAACCUCCAUAUCAAAGUUGUUCUUUUUCUCAGUUUUAGGAAGUUUAUAAUAGUCAACAAAGUUCCAUUUAUAUUGAGCAUAACCAUAAAUUGACUACUGAGAAUAGAAAGGGACUUUUCAUCAACAUGGAGUACUGGCCUCUAGAUAUCACUCUAAUCUCCGCCCAGGACCUCAAGGAUGUCAAUCAUCUCUUCCCGAUGAACGUCUACGCCGUCGUCACCAUCAACGGAACCGAGAAGAAGACCCCCGUCCACAAGCACUGUGGUCCCAACCCCGAGUGGAAUUGCACCAUGAAAUUCCACGUGGACGAAGCCGCCGCCAACCAGGACGGCCUUAAUCUCGUGAUCCGUCUCGUGUCAGAUCGUCAUCGUCAUGGACCUCCUGGUUUCGUUAAGGAUAAGGAUAUUGGGGAGGUGGUGGUUUCUAUCAACCAAUUACUUGCUUCCGAAGAGAAGGUUUUCGAUCGCAACGUCACGUUGCAGCCGCAAGCCGCCACAACAGCCAGCGGGCGGAUCUUUUCGCAGGCGGCUCUGGGCGGAUCUUUUCGCAGGCGGCUCUUCGAAUUUGCUGUUCAUGCUGCUGUUGAUGCUGCUGUUGAUGCUGCUGUUGAUGCUGCUGUUCAUGCUGUUGUUGAUGGUGCUGUUAAUGCUGCUGUUGAUGCUGCUGUUGAUGCUGUGGUUCAGUCUUUCUUUUGACACAUGGCGAAAAACAUACAUACAGCUGGCAGGAUUAGUAUUAUAUUUUAUACAUUGUUGUUUUUCUUCUCCUUUUA